AUGGGUAUAGUGAGUCGUAACUGCACGGCUGGCGGCUGGUCACAUCUGUUCCCUCCUUACCAUGAGGCCUGCAGUGUUGAAGAUGAAAUCCCAGAGGAGUCAUAUUUUGCCACUGUGAAACUGAUCUACACUGUUGGUUAUGGAGCAUCACUGCUGUCUCUCUCUGUUGCCGUGGCAAUACUGCUGCUCCUCAGGCGAUUACACUGUGCUCGAAACUAUAUCCACAUGCAGCUGUUUUUCACCUUCAUCCUGAAAUCGGUGGCUGUGUUUAUCAAAGAUGCUACGCUGUUCUCCAGUGACGACACAGAUCACUGCACACUCUCUACAGCGGUCUGUAAGGCGUCGGUGGUAUUUUGUCAUUAUUGCAUCAUGACUAAUUUCUUCUGGUUGCUGGUUGAAGCCUUGUAUCUGAACUUUCUGCUGGUCUCGGCCUUCCCGCGCAGCCGCCGCUGUCUCUGGAGUUUCGCUCUGCUGGGCUGGGGCUUUCCCCUGGUCUGCAUCAUCCUCUGGAUCUGCUCUAGACUAUAUUUUGAGGACACAGAGUGUUGGGACAUAAAUGAAGAUUCUCCUUAUUGGUGGAUCAUCAAGGGUCCCAUUGUAGUGUCCAUAGGGGUGAACUUCUUUCUCUUCAUGAACAUUAUCAGGAUUCUGGUGCAGAAACUGAACCCUCGCUUGAUCCAGUUCAACAAUUCAGCUCAGUACAGGCGACUGACCAAGUCCACCCUCCUCCUCAUCCCUCUCUUCGGCACUCAUUACAUGGUCUUCAGCUUUCUCCCAGACUACUUCAACGUGAGCCUGCGGCUUUGCAUCGAGCUGUGUCUGGGCUCCUUCCAGGUUCAGAAUGAAAUACGCUUACGAUGGAUGCGAAAUCAAGAGGGGAGUUACGUUGUCGUCCCUGUUGGAGCCAAAGGAAGUCAGUUGGACACUCCAUUCUAG